AUGAACAGCAACGGCAACUGGGCCCAGGCUCUUUCUGUCCAUGUGGGAGACGAGCAUGGAUCAGACUACGUGGAAGACAAAAUGUCCUUCGACGAGCUGGAAGAAUUUAUCUUUGGCUUGCCGGAUCUGGACACCCCAUGUCUUCCACAGCAGCAGAAGCAGCAAACAGCUUCCCUACCAUCCUGCCAACGUCUACAGAGCGUACCUCUCGAGCGCUAUGACAGCUCAGGGGGCCACUCGUUCCAGUCAACAAACACCUGCGACUCAUACCAUACCGCACCCAUGAGCAUGGGCUCCUGGGACGCCCCGUUCAGUCCGUACGGCUCCUUUGACCCAAGCAUGAACAUGCUCAGCCCAGCCGCCGCCUAUGGACCGAGCUGGGCCUUUGACUCGCGCCUCACAACACCCUUUUCGCUUCCCACCUCGCCAGGCAUGGACUACACCAUCUCUCCUGCGUCUUCCUUCGAUCCUUCGCCCAUCCUGCCACCGGCCGCACCGACCUCAUUUCCAAGUCUGCCCAUUCCCGAGCUGGACCUCGCCGCUCAGCGUCCGUGCGCCGCUGCAGCUGCGCCUGCUCCAUCUCCUACAUCUCCCUCACGCCCACGGGCAUGCUCCAGUUCCACCAACAUCCCCUGCCCCCACUGCCCUCGGGAGACCCCAAAGGCGUUCAAGCGCCGCGCCGAUCUGAGUCGGCACAUUGACCACAUGCACUCCAUCCCCACGCAGAACUUCCCGUGCGACUACUCCCGAUGCUCACGACGCCACGACCCCUUCCACCGCCGUGAUCACUACAGGGACCAUCUACGCGAGUUCCACAGGGAGGACAUUGAGAAGCGGGGCGUGGAAGAGGGCGAGGCGUGGUAUCAACGGAGGAACGUUGUCAAGGCCUGGUGGAGGUGCAGCCGCUGUCUGUGCCGGGUGAGCGUUGGGCGAUCCGGGUUCGAGUGCCAUGAGUGUGGAGGCGUCGCGGGGAGGAAGAGGCAGGAUCUGCGAACAUGA